AUGGCUGCUGUCACAUCUCUUCGCUCCGCAAUGAUACCUCGGAGUCAGAUGCAAACUCGCCGGAAAAGCAUUAUCGAGCUGCAUGGAAUUCCGCCAAUCCUACGGCCGCUCCUCCGGGCCUAUUUCCUUGGCUAUGCUUCCGCCGUUGCCCCGAGGAUCCUGACAUUGUUGAUGCAGUACAUCACCAGGAAACGCCGCAAAGCCGCAACUGAAAAUGGGCAGUGCAUUGGGUUUGUAACUCAAUUGAGGCGAAUAGUCCUUGCCGGCCUAGAUCCGCAGCGUUUCCCGACUUUUUGCGCCUUGAUAGUUGGCGGCAGUACACUGCUAGAGGAGCCUCUGCGUCGAUUAUUCGAGCGCAACGCGAAUGGUCUCGCCGAAGCAACCCGCACAAGGCUUGCCAGAUGGAGCGCCGCAUUCAUUGCUGCUUGGUUCAGUCUGCAACUCCUGCAGUCCAAGAAAAGCUCGGCUUUCACGGAGAAUGUCCCAGUCAAGUCUGAUGUCCCUCCAGGAGCUAAACUGAAGGAAGUCCGGUAUGCCGGACGGACUCUUGACCUGACCCUUUUCACGUUAACGCGGGCACUCGAUGUUAUCAUUGGUGAACUAUGGGCUCGCAGACGCGCGCGCCGCAUUGCGGAGGGGAGCUGGACCAAGGCGGAGCGGAUCAUCGGCAGAUUCACCGACCCGUCUCUGUUCGUUACGUCGUGCGCAUUCAUCAUGUGGGCGUGGUUCUACCACCCCUCUCGGCUGCCCAGCGCCUACAACAAAUGGAUCAGCUCGGCGGCCAAUGUCGAUAUGCGGCUCAUCGAGGCUCUCCAAAAGCUGCGUGCCGGCGAGAUGGCCUAUGGCCAGAGCGGGCAGGCCGAGCUGCUCCAAAGCAUGUGUGAGAAGUACAAGUGGCCGAUAGAAUGGGGCGACCCGUCAAAGUCUAUCCCCAUUCCUUGUGAAAUGGUGCACAUGGGAUGCGGCCCCUCGUGCGAGCUCCACGCCAUCAGUCGUUUCUAUCGGUCGUGGAAAUGGUCCAUGGCCAUGUACCUGCCCCUGAGCGUGGCGCUCCUCCUCCGGGGGCCUAUCAAUAAGAAGAACGUCUUGCGGACGCUGGUCUCGGCUUCGCGGUCGGCGGCGUUCCUAGGCACGUAUAUCACGCUCUUCUACUACGGUGUUUGUCUCGCCCGGACGAGGAUUGGACCUCGGGUCAUCGGCAAGGACCUGGCGGCGCGGCAGAAGAUCGACGCGGGCAUAUGCGUUCGUGCCGGAUGCUGUCUGUGCGGCUGGAGUGUUCUCGUCGAGUCCGUCAGCCGCCGCAAAGACAUGGCUCUUUUCGUCGCUCCGCGGGCCAUGGCCACGCUAUUGCCCAGACGGUACGGCAUGGACAAGCAGUGGAGGGAGACGCUGGUUUUUGCCGCCAGCACGGCGGUCGUGUUUACCUGCAUUCAUGAGAACCAGGCCCGUGUGCGAGGCGUGUUGGGUGGUGUUCUUGGAUUGGUAUUGCGCAACUAG